AUAUUUGAAAUAGUCAAAAAGUCAACUAAACCAAGAGAGUACUUGAUAAGCAAAAUUUUACAAUAGCUUCCUCCACAAUCUUCUUGGAAAAAAAUAAAAAUAAAACAGAACACAUCUCUUUAUAAUCUAACAUCGAGUCUCUCUCCUCUUCACUCCUAUAAACCCUAAAACCAAUUCCUACUAAAGAUGUCUUCUAGUUCAAGAACAAAAGCUCCAACAUCGACGAGAACCCGUAGAAACUACGGUGUCUCCUCUUCGCCUUCCAAGAUCGUAGCAGAUCUCGACGAUGUCUUGCUCCACAUCCUCUCCUUUCUCCCAAUCAAAGCCCUCAUCAAAUGCAAACGCGUAUCAAAACGCUGGCGUUCUCUCAUCACAAACCCUAACUUCUCCAACCGCAUCAUCACUUCCAAACACCCCCUCCCCAUCUCUGGCCUUUACUUACAAGGAACAAGAAGAGAGAUAGAAUACAGAUUCGUCUCUCUCGAUAACGAUCAGCUUUCCUUACCAUCACAGCUUCGGUUUGCAGAUCAUCCAACUUCGAUCAUCGUAGUGCAGUCAACCAACGGUCUUCUCCUCUGCAAAUGCACUUGUCAUCCUAACCAUUUCAACCGUAACUACUACGUUUAUAAUCCCACAACGAAGCAGAAGACUCUCCUCCCUCCGAUCACUGACCACGUGUCGCUCUCUCUAGCUUUCGAUCCUUCUAUAUCUCCUCACUAUAAAGUCUUUUGCCUCAGAAAAAGCAUCUCCUCUGUUUCCUCUGCUUCCUCUGCUUCCUCUGUUUCCCCUGUUUCCUCUGUUUACUCUGUUUCAUCUGAUCUUUACCAUAUAGAGGUUUACUCUUCUAACGAAGGACCAUGGAGAAGAGUUACUUCGGUUCCUUCUUUCACUCUUCCUCAAACCCUUACCGAUCUCAGUAACACCGUCUUCUGGAACGGCGCGGUUCACUGGUUUUGGUUUGGUCCAAACUCGAGAGACUGCCUCUCUUUUGACAUCAGUAGAGAAGAAAUCAAGACUCUUCCUCUCCCUUAUCUUGACUACCAAGACUACGACGAGACACCUGAUGUCGGCACCUUGAGUUUUACAGAAGAAUCCAGAGGAAACCUUCACUUCAUCGAGGUAAACGAUCUUGGUUCUUCAGACUUACCGGUCUACGAAAUGGAAACAAACAGCUCAACCUGGUCCUUGAAGCAUCACGUUGACUUAGAGCCUCUUGCAGCAGCUUUUCCGGAGAUCGUCAGAACCGAAUAUUACACAUAUAGGAAGAUCUAUUCGUUCUCCGUCAUCGGGUUUGUGAAGGGAGAGACAGAUGCGGAGUCAUACAUAGUGCUUCACAUUCCAAAAAUGGCUGUUAAGUACAACUUCGUCAGCAAGACUUUCAAGAAGCUUUGCAGCUUUGAACCAUCACAAGAUGAUGAUGAUGGUGGUGAUAACUUUUACGGAUUCCGAAGAUCUUUUCAGUUCAUAGAGUCUCUUGCUAACGUCUAG